AUGACUGGUCACGAGGCACCACGUCGUAAGAUGUUCUCAAGUACCUGUGAUUACACAAAGUUAAGGUUGAAUAUCAGACUUUGUAUUCAACGACUUGAAUAUGUUCAAAAAAAGAAAUCUGAAAUAUCAAAGGGAAUUCGUCGAGAAAUCGCGGACCUUUUGAAAGAUGGAAAGGUUGACAGAGCUCGCAUUAAAGUCGAACAAAUCAUUCGGGAUGACUACUGUGUGGAAGCCAUGGACAUUAUACAGUCAUAUCUUGAGACGUUAAACGCGCGAUUCGGGCUAAUUCAAGAUGCAAAGCUGCCAGAUGCAUCUCUUGAGACACCAAUCGCGACUAUACUAUGGUCCAAAUCACGAAUUAAAAAUGAGAUUCCUGAGCUAGAUAUUGUCGGUCAGCAGCUCGCCAUUAAGUUUGGUAGGAAUUACGUCCGUGAAUGUUGUGAGAAGGCUAACAUGGUCAAUCGUACCGUCAUGACAAAAUUGAAUUCUAUCGUCCCUGGGGCGAAUUUGGUUGAAAUGUACUUGGUUGAAAUCGCGAAAAGUUAUGAUGUUAGUUUCACUCCCGACACACAUGUCAUUUGCGACUCUAAUCUAAUGUUCAACGAUAACUUGAUUGAAUUCAAACCUGAUAGUUCUCUUGGGUUACCUAGUAUGCCAUCCAACUUUGGAGCAUGCAGCAUGCCAUGGGCAACUACAUCUAUGUCCGAUAAAGCUCCUUAUCCUACGGAAUUUAUCAAUGAAACUAAGAUUCCAUCAGGCAUCCCGUCAAAUGAAACAAUGCCCUCAAACACAACCACAACCAAUGGCGAUACAGUUAUGCCACCGCCAUAUGAUAUGUCUGUAUGCAAUGGUCAAAAUACUGUCGUACCAUUUAAUUACCCUGGUCCUUCGUUUCUACCACCUCAAGAUAGUUUCACAACACUUCCUCCAGGUAGCUUCGCUAUGAUUCCACCAAUGAAUGGACCUAGUAAUCCCCUCCGGAUGAUGAAAAAGCAGAUUUCGACACUCUGGCGGAACGCUUUGAAAAACUUAAAAAAAAGUGAUAAAUUUUGUUCCUAUAUGUUGAUACAGAUUUUUUUGUUUUGUUUUCAACUUCACUACACAUCAUUAUGCUUGAUCUCUGCUGUAUUUUUAAAAUGAACCUCUAUUUUUUAAAAAAAUGACUGCAUGAUAUGUAAGUCUAUAUUUUGUUUUCUUAGUUGAUAAUUUACAUAUACAUACAUAAUUAUUUUCUAAUCAAAUAAAGUAAUCGAAUCUAUAGUUAUAUUGUAUCACUUUGUUCUAUUCUCACUGUAUUCAAUUACGUUCGUUUAUAGUGAGUGAAUCGAUAAAGGUCAUCUACAAAUUGGUUAUGGUUGAUUAAUUUCUACACUAUAGUGUGUAUUUUGCCUUUUUUAAAUCAAGGAAUACAGGUAAUUUAAGAAAGUAACUCAUUAGUUGUUAUAUUUCUAAAUGAAAUUAGAACUCUUGAUUACGGUUGGCAUACUCUGUUUAUUUUUUAUUCUAGCGGGAGUAAUCGGUAUCUACGUAUAGUGGUAUACAGGACUAUAGAGUCAUUGUUUUACGAACUCUUGUUCCCUCAGUUAUACCCUACUGACUGAUUAUACGUAUACUUACAUGAAUAAGGACUAAUUCUUAGUCAGAUAGUGGUCCUACUGUUUGUGACUGAUUCGACCAGGACGUGUGGGUAUAUUUGUCUAUUCGCGUGCCUCAGUUGCUCCCGUAUUUGACUGAUCAGUUUUCAUUGUAACACGAAUGAUUACAAACGUAGAUUAGUAAAUUCAUUGUUGUUGCAUUGUAGUCACCGUAUCGUCACAAUUAGUACGGAAUUAACAAGUUGACGUAGCAUUCUAUAAUCAACUUUAUUGCAAUAAUUCACCAAUUAUUUUUGUAACGAAUGUGGUGGUACUCUAAUUUAUGCUUUCUGUUUAUACCUUCGAUUAGUAUGUCAGUAAAUAAACGUGCAAGUUCAAACCAACUGGAAUAUUUACAAUAUUUCUUGAGGUAUCCUCCAAUAAGGGCACGGAGCAAUUAAAAGAUGAAUUCAAAGGGGCCAUUUAGUACUAUACUAAAAUAAUAUCGCUUAUAUAUUGACUGAUCAAGUGUAUAUCAUGUUCGGACAUCGAAAGGACGAUUUACUGACGUAAUAUAGAUGUAAAUUUCAGAUUUUUAACUUUUUAUAAAAACGUUUGAUAUAUCUAAAUGUGCAAAAUCGAAUUAUACUAUUCGGCUAAGCACUCUAGUAUCGAUCUAUUUCCGUAAUCCGCACCUAGUUUCAUGCGUGUCGCUAACUUCUUUUACUUGCUUUUUUCAUGGCUUUUCUGAAUCCUUGCAACAAACUACUCGGUUUUUCAUUCAUCUAGAUUGUUUCUAUUUUAGAGUAACAGUGAAUUUCUGUGUUCGGAUGAGAAGCUCCGAUGAGUUGGCUAAAGCUUCUAUGCCACUUUUCUAUCUCAUUGUUCAUCUUGACAUCUUCAAAAACGGAGCUUUAGUACAUUCCUCAGUACAAUUAGGAAAACUGGCUGCUUCUUUUGCAUCUGUUUCGUCCCCUUAUCGUCUGAUGUCUGUGAAAUAAUUUGUUGACUUGGAUUUCUUUAUUCUAUUUGUAGAAUGGUGACUCCAUUAGACUCAAAUAUAGUUACAUCUGAGACCGAUGCAAAGCUGAUGCUCCAUCUUUCGUAUAAUGUUGAAGGUUCGUCGGUUACUGUGGAUUCCACCUUACAUAAAUACAAGUAGGGAAAGUAACCACACACUAAUCGUGUGUGACGAGAGUAUCGACAAACAAGAGCUGUUGAACAGUCUCGAUGACGUUCACCCAGCUAUUAAAUUCACCAUCGAAGAGGAGAACGACAAUAGCAUAGCUUUCCGUGAUGUCCUAAUUUCUAGAAUGAUAGACGGUCUCAUAAAAGGAAAUGUAUUUAUAGAGAAUAGAUGGAAAGGUCAGUAUACCUAUUACCAUAGCUUUACACCUCUUCAAUACAAAAUAGACAGAAUCAAACUCCUAUGUUUUGAAAAUUGUGUAGAUUACGAAACCGAUAACCUGAAAAGCACAUUUCGAAAUGAUCUCGUCAUAAAAAUUCUACUAGGUAUUAAAAAAAGCUGUGACACGGUCAGUAAAAGAAACCUGACUCAAACUGAGUUUUAAAGGAGACAUAGUGGGUGACAUUUUAAAACAUUGACGUUUUACGCCGCCAAGUUACAUACAAUUUUCUCAAUCAAACAAGUACUUACACAAAAAAUUAAGGAUAGCUUACCGAUGAUGAACUCUUUCAUGUGGGUAUACCGAUUCAACUGCUCCUGUAGAGCCAGUUACAUAGGCCGUACUCAGAUGGCCUUAUCCUUGAGUGUUCGUGAACAUGUACAAGCAUGGUUGGGAAGAGGAAUCACUAAAUCAAUUAAUAGUACCAUUCUUUCUCACUUAGUAGGUAGUGAACAUCAUACGAAGAUAGAUGAGGCUUUAUGUCAAUUUCCAAAGAAUCUACCUGAAGGAGCUAGAUUACGGCCCUUCUACGUAUACAGCCUCUAUAUUUACCUUGGCCCACGACUGGAUCACCGGAUACCUAAACUGGAUAUUAUAAACCGCUUGUCGCCCCUCCCAAUUCCUUUCGUGUUUAUAUCUUAAUCUUCACACUCAUCUUUCCCAGUUCACAUGAAUUCUUUUUUAUCGUAAUUACUUUGAUAACACUCCUCUUAUUACACACAACGAAAUUAUUAUUACCUCGAUUGAUAAGACGAAAUUCUCCUACGAUGCAUUUUACUCACAUGAUUUGUUGAUUUUGUUAUAUUACCAUUAUUUUGAUUAUGACUUGACAUUUUGCUACAAAUCAUUCUGACAGCUAUCAAAUGACCUUUCUAAUUUACAAAUAACACAACUUUGGGAUAUUUAUGUCGUAACAGAUGCAAACGCUCACCAUUCUUAACAUAUAACAUUGUCAAAUUCCGAUAAUGCAAUUGGAAGACGAAGUUUGUCAUUGCUUUAUCGAAAUUUAUAAAAGGGACUAAUUGUUGUAAAUUGUCAAAUUCAAUAAUGUAUACCUUAAUCUGACCUUUUUAAAAUAUAAUUAUAGACUGAAAACAGUGGGUCCUGAUGAUGAAGUUAUUCAAAACAAUUGUUCCAUCGAAUAUUUUUCCUCUACUAUUUUCUUGGUAAUUUUAUUACGUUGUACUGAUUUGGUACCCAUACUGGGGGUAACACACUUUUAUGUCCAAUUCUAUGUUGAUUAUGAUUAACUGGCAUGAUUUAUUUGAUUAAAUAAAAAUGUCCAAACGAAUUAAUAUUAUUCGAUUCUAAUAAAUAGACUGGAUUCUUUUGAAGUUAUGCUAAUUUUGGUCGUCCUACUAAUGGAUUCACCAGAAUGUUAUGGGCAAAUCUACUAUGCUCCUUAGACAGUCAUACAAUCAAUUAUUUUGAAAAUCUUAACGAUAAGCUAUUAUAGAACUCAAGCUUUUAGAAAUGUGCACAUUGAUCAGACGAAAAUCUAAUGUAUGCUCAUGAAGUAUGAAAGUUAAUGAAACAGUCAAAACACUAUUUGCCGGUAACGACUAUAAUUUUUGCUAAAUUUUUAUGGAUGAAUAUUGCAAUAAUUAUAUAUAAUAAGAUAUUAGGCAUGUUAAAUCAGAAUUACUAUACAUUAAAAGGAUAACAUUGACAGACUUUGUAUUAAUCUAUAGACAAAAAAACAACUGACAAUUUGUUGAAUAUUCUGUGAAUUUAUUUCAUCCAAUGUAGCUUGAAAUAAAUUGGAAAUCAUGGGAGUGAGGAAACUAAAAAAGUUUAAAUCUAGCGAUUACUUACUGGAAUUAUACUGAACUGCUGUACUUCAGCGAGGUUGAUGGUGACCUUCCAGAUGUUUCACCAGUGAGUAUACUCGAACUUUCGUACUUUUUAAAAUAUCUGAGUACAGAUUCACUGACAUUAUGAAACAACAAUCUAAAAAUUAUGUGAGUGAAACUCGGGAAAUUUGUACGAAAAAUGCUUAUUAUUUGGUAGAUUAUUAAUCAUAUAGUUUAGUUGCGAGUUCACGUUAAACAAAAGAAAAAAGAAUUGUCACUAAACAAGAUUUAGAAUACGAUCUCCACUAAGAAUAGGCUUUUCGUAUAAUUCCGUGUCCAUACCAUGUCAUUUUGACCGUAUGCUACAACUGUAGACUUCUUAUCCGUUCUGAGCAAUUUAAUCACAGCAUAAAAAUUUUCUGGACAAAGACAGGUAUUAAGUUAAUUUUGACUGACAUUACUUUUUUCAGAUUUUGUACUGAAGGAUAGUCACUGUCUUCUUAUUAAUAUUUCAAUAUAUAAUAUAGUUGGACGGGAUUCUCUAAAUUAAUUCAUUUUACACAGCACAUCAUGUAGCAAUGAAAACUCAUAUGAACAUGGUAUAGUGAGUUCUCAUGAUUUCGACUUUCACUGACAAUUAUUCUUGUUAAUAACCAUACUUAUAUUUUGGAAUUCUGUGUUGUUUUAAAUUAGUUUAUUUGAUGUGGUUCAGAAGACAGAUUUGUCCAGAGGAGUAAUCAUAUUACUCAGUGAUUAAACACAGGGAUGUAUACCAGGAUUUGAGACAUACCUAGUCAUCAAGGUUAGUAAUGCUACCUACUGUUUAAAUCGAAUUAGGUGGAGCAGAGUCCUUACCUUCGACCUAACUAUUGAAAGCUGAAUACACUAAGCAAUUAAACUAUUUCCAAGUGGGAACUCUGUCGAUAGAAAGAUCUAGUAAUUUGUAAAUAAUUGUCUAACUGAUCUUUCACCCUUGGAAUUUAUUCCGAUGAUUUUGUUUCCUAAGAUGGUGAAGAAGUUUUGUACCUCAGAUAGACAAUUUCGAUAGAUCUUCGUUCUUUGAGCUGUAAACUACCAAAAGAGGUUGUUUUCUGGCAAGACAAUCGAAAUCACACAAUUAUAACAUAUACAUAUGUGAAUGUGAUAUCUUCAAAAGUUAAUAUUUUCCUCUCAAUUACAAUCAUACAUCAUUAAAAUUGAAUGCAUUCAAAAAAACUGCAUACUUAAUUUUGUUACAGUCUUUAGGUUGUAUACUUCUAGUUAUGCCUAACUAUUCCAUUUAAAACUAACCAAUUCAAUCUUUAAAUGAAUUGAAUAUACAAAACACACGAAAGAAACAUUGUAACGAUUAUGUUGUUUGGGUACAUUUUAACUUGUUAACUGAAUUAUUUGAUAGAAAUAUACCACUAACAUAAAUUUGCUGGAUCUUAGCUUGAAAGUUAUGUAUAAAAAAUCACUUGAAGCUUUUAAUGCUUUAUUACAAGUAUUAGCCCUUUUUUCUUCUAAGUAUUCACAUGAUUGCUGUUUUUACAAUAAAAUAACAAAAAAGAACAAAUGGAAACAACACAAUAAUGUAAAAUAUUUUCAUGUGCGCUUGUUUUUGUUGUUGAAUGAAGUAUUACGUCAAUCACAAGGAUAUUGUUUCUGAAUCAUACCAACAUUAUUUUAGUAUUUUAAUUGAGUUUAUAUUAGUCUCAUUAGGUUUUCACUAAUUGUAAAUUCAGUGUUUGUCUUAUAAUGUCUUUAUUAUAAAUGUUCCUCUUAAUCUGAAGAUUUUUUAAUAAGACAGAUUUAGGUCGUUAACUUUUUUAUUAUUUCUCCUUAUUAAUAGUUUUGCAAAUUCUACACUGUUUAUUAUACAUAGGAUAAUGGUUGGCAGCCGAAUGCGCGUGUUGAUCUUCAUAUUGAGACUAAAAAUCUAGUACCUAUCAUUUCAAAUGUCAAAGUUACUCAUAAGGCUACUGAAUCUUGAUAGCUGCUAAUUUUGUCGGAGAUAUUGAGUGAUCUAGCCUGAAGUUGAUCACAGUGGCGCAGUUGCAUUUGUUGUCUAUCUUCCUUUAAAUUACGAGCAAAGUAUCAAUGUUAUGUGUUUAUGAUUUAUUUCUUUAGAACUUUACUGUUCGCGUUAAUGUUUUUAUGGUUUGGAUAUUAUUCUCCCUUCUUUAUUUUUCACUUUGUUUUACUCUCACUAUGCUGACAUUAGGUAUGGUAACCUGAAACGAAGCAAACUCUUGUCAGAUUUUACGUUGAUAGUGAUUGACUAAUCUAGUACCUUGUUCAGCUCACAUGAUAUAUAUUGCUAGUUGUAAAUGUUUAUAUUUUUCUGUCGUUUAUUUUCAAUACUGAACUCAAUCAGUCUGUUAGCAUCCGUUUAAGGAGAUUAUAUCCAAAUGUAGUUUCAAGCUUUAUUGUAAAUAACAUCCUCUUAAAUGAUGCAGAAUAUUUGUAGUCCAGGAAGUGGGUUUUGGAAGUGCUGUGCUCUCUGAGCUGAAUGAUUUGAUUGCGAAACUUUCAUUGAUGUUCUCGACAUCAGUAUUAUCGUUGUAUGUGUUAAUAUUGUUGAAGAGAACAAUUAGAGCCGAACGACAUAACGAUCCAGCUCAGAGAAUACAACAACUUCAUAAUAUCCUCCCAAAAAAGCUUUUCUGUUGAAAUAGGAAUUUUCUGUUUAAAAUACAAUGUAGAUGAAUAAAGUGGUUAACAUUGAUCUCUAUCGAAAUAUUAUAAUCCUUUCACAGAUCCACUCUGUAUAUAGCGCAUGGCUUUUAGAUUAUUGCUUCAGCUAUGCGUGAUGAUUGCUCGAAUGAUUAAAGGGGAAAUAUCAGUACUCUUUCAUUACUUUAUACAGGAUUAUCUGUAAAUUAAUGUUAUAAUCAGUAUAAUAAGAUAUGAAUCAAUGAUUGAUCCUUCAUAUUGUUUUAAUCACCUUAAAUGCAGUGGGUAAAUUUAUUUCAGCUUCGGAAUUCACAAUCAACAGUUUAUGUUACAUACUAAGGUUCAUUAUUAAAUUUUCUUGUUUGACUGAUUCACGUGAACUCAUCGGAAUAUGAACCUUCUUAUCAAGAAGAAAAUUAAAACUAAAAUACUAUGGAUUUAGAACCAUGUGACGCUAGUUCGAAUCCUAUGAAGAGGACCACUCUUCUCAAGAUUGUAGAUACGCCUCACUGACAAGUGCUAACUAACAUGAAACCGAGGUUAAGUAUUUUCUGCCGAUCCUCUAUAACUAUGUAACAUAUAAUACCCGUAUAUGUAUAACCUAAGUGUGUUCUAACCAAUCUAAAAUAACUGACUGAUUGUUCAUUGCCGUUUAAAUUUAAGUUACUUAUAAUUGAAAAGCUAAUCAGUCAACCAAUAAACAACUCAAGAGCCCGGUUUAAAUGUCCUUCGGCCGAAGUUACCACACCUUCAUACAAGAUAAAAUUGGCGAAAUGAAUUCUAGUGUAGUGCAAGUGGUAGUAAAAAAGGAUCAGAGAUGAGUAAUAAGAUUCGAGAAGAAAGAACAAAGUCGUAAAGUAAAGUGUGUAAAGUAUUUUUAAACUCACGUGUUAAGGCAAGAGAAGUAGUGAACGCAUCUGCUCCAUCGCGACCAUUUUUGAACCGUGUUGCCAAACGUCUCCAACAACUAGUCAAGACGGUCGUGUGAAUCCCUCCAGGUAAUCUACAUCUACCAACAUGGCUCACACCAACAUUUAAUACCCUCAUGAACUAAUGUUUUGGAUUCGGGGCUCCUAGCUAGCCAAUUUAGUGAGCCACUAUACGUGCUUUCGUUUCGGACAAUCAUUAUUUUUCCUUGUAGGUAACUUUUCAGCACAUGGUAAAUAAUACCAGUCGAUAUGAGUUGUCAAAGCACGGACAUUUGUAGUAUUUGCUGAAAAUCAAUAGGAGGUCUUUGUUUAGGUGUUCUUUUGAAAGUACAGUAAAUUGACCAGUUACGCAUAAUCAUUUGUAUACAAAGCUUCUUAUCGGUAUACUAGUUGUUCAUAAUCAGAGUAAAAUGCGCCACAUCUCAUAUCAUCAACUAGAAAGGAAAUUAACAACAGAUGAAGUGAUCGAUAAUAGUUGAUUCAAACUGCAAUAGAAAUCCAAAUAUGAAAGAAUAUGCCUUUAUAUAUUGUUGGUUUAAAACAAUUAGCCCCUUUGAUAAAUUUCGAUAAUGUAAUGAGAAGACCAAGAUUAUCAGAACUGUGUGAUAUAUUAGCGCAACACAUUUCGAACAAUCUGAUCACACAUAUACUUGUUAAGAACAUUUAGAUAUAAAAAAUAAAAGGUCAACUAGGCUGGAAACGGGGUAAGAGGAGAUAAGGAUAAUGCUAAGAGUAAUAAUAAUAAUGUGAACACAAUUCAAAACCUGGAUAAUAAGUCAAUAUUAUCAGGGUAGGUUUAAGGUAAGAACAGACGGUUUUUGAACACACAAAGGGGGUUUGAAUUUUUGUAUGGCUAAGGCCUCAAUAAACCUUAGUAUACGCCCUUUUGCGCUUUCAUAAAACACCACAAAAGCCGAGUUUAGAUCAAUCUUAUGACCUGUUUCAAUUAUAUGUUUAGCAAUAGAGGACGAUGGAUGUUUAUCCUCUGCUCUUAGUGGGUCACUUGAUUGUAUUUGUUUCUGCAACCUACCUUAAACCUACCCUGGUAAUAUUGACUUAUUAUCCAGUGUGAUUUGUUUUCACAUUAUUAUUAUUACUCUUAUCAUUAUCCUUAUCUCCUCUUACCCCGUUUCCAGUCUAGUUGACUUUUUAUUUUUAUAUAUAAAUGCUCUUAACAAGUCUAUGUGUGAUCAGAUUGUUCGAAAUGUAUUGCACUAAUAUAUUACAUAGUUCUGAUAAUCUUCGUCUUCAUAUACAUUAUCGAAAUAUUGUUAGUUGUAGAUCACUGAAAAGAUUACUGGAGUGAAUCAAAUCCCAGUUCGACGUGAUCAUAUGGAGAGUAAGAUUUUCUACGUAUUACAAAAACAUUAAAAUAUCAUACUUGUUAGUGACAAUUUAAAUAUAUUUUGUUAUUCAGAAAAAAAUUCAUUUGUAAAACUAAUAAUUCUCUGGUGAAUUCUAUAUACGAUAAGAAAUAAAGGUUGAUAACAAUCAUUCUCAACAGCGCUGUUAACGUAAAUAAAUUUAACUAACAAAUUAUUUUAUUAUCUUCAGAAAAUGCCAUGGACAAAUUGGGUUCGACUUUUGGGGUAUAUAGGAGAUUCAAGAUAUUUGGAGAAAGAUUCAUCUUUUGAUAGCAUUUACGAGAUUAUGUUCUGCAUCCUAAGGGGUUUAAACUUUAAUUUGUAGAGCCUUCCGGUGUUUGCAAUGUUUGUUUCCAUCAUAGAAUUCAGGAAGCAUUGGACAGCUGUUUCGCCACCAUAUGGGACACUUAAGGAGUACACAUCUGAUAUGACAAGAUUUCUCCUUAUCUUUACUUACGUUUUUAACUCAAUGUGAUGAUUACUCAGUGUGAUAUUUGUUUUAUUUUAAGUGUAAUGUUUAUUCAAGACAUUUUUUGUAUUAAUUUAUCGUGAAAUUCGUUCAGCAUGAAGUGUAGCUCGGGUUUUUGUAGAAAAUGCAUUUCUCCUGAGUACGGUAAUUGUCAACUAAUAAUCAUGUAUUAGUAAAAUCAACAUAUAAAUGAAUGUACUCGUGUAUCAAUUUGAUUUAUUCUAAAGGUAAAAUAAAUACUUAUCACCAGCCUUGGUGUUCUCACUAUGCUUCCUUGGAUUCGGGGUUUCAUCACUAAUCACAAAUCAGUUAGGCAUUCAGCAGGCAGAAAUAACACCGUCUACGACCGUACCAGCGAUUCAACUUAAGAUCCUCAGAUCUCGCUGUGAACGCUUAACCUCUAGACCACUGAGUCGGCAACCAAUAGUCUACAUAUGUAAUCUUAAUUAAUUUACUACCUUGCGUAAUUAUCUUCUAACGUUGUCAGUGGAUAACUGUCAGAGAUCCAUGAUGCUGAGGAGUUACAUAUUGGGACGGAAAAAUUGUCCAGUGCUUCCUGGUUCCACUCGUUGCCUAACUAGGGUUAAAUUAUGACGUAAAAUAUAAAAUUCAAGAAUCUCUACGAGCUCCACACACUAUGGAAAUUACCGGUAUUCCAACAUGUUUUGCAAUAAGACAUUUUUAUGUAAAAUAUCCGAUUGAUCGACAAUUCAAAUCUACGAGGUUGCAGGAAAAUCAUUGAGUAAUAUGUUUUGAGAUUGUCGUUGUCAAUCGUGAAAGGUCCUCGUAUAUAAGUAUGAGGUUGUGGAGAUUGUUAAACUGCAUUUAAAUCAUGAACCUAUCUAAGUUUACCACCAUUGAAAACUUGAAAGUAUUGAACGGCGGGCUCAUCUGAGUAUGGAACUUCUCAGCAGUGAGUAUCUACGAUCCAGUACGUGGGAAUAGAACCCAGAGCCUUCAGGCUUGUUCGUGGACGCGCAACAUUUAGACCACUGAGCCGACACCCAACGGUGUUAAUGUUUAAACUUAAUCCAUUCACAAAAUUGCGUGACCAUCUUCUAUUAUCUUCGGUGGGCAACUGCAUCACACUUGGCAUAGAUUAGCUCCAUUGGUUGCAGAUUCUCACUAGAACCUAGGAAAUUCCCUCUCGAAGCUAGUCACUAUUAAGCACAUUUAUCUCAACUAUAUUCAACAGUGUGACCAGUAUUAUAUUUUAAAACGGAAUAAAUAGAACGAUUUCAAAGCUUAUUCAGCAUCGUGUAGGUAGGAAAAUGAAACAUCACUUAUGAGAAUUUGAGAAUAUAGACAAAAUGUUUGAAUAAACUAAAAUGAUAUGACAAAUUUAGGAUAAUUACUCAUCGAGUGUCUGGCUAUUUCUUUUUUGAUUAAUCUUCUAUAAUAUUGUAAACAAAUCUGGAUAUCUGCAUUUGAAUAUGAG